AUGAAGUUCACCGCUUGGAACGUCGCCAGCGCGGCUCUGCUGGCCACCCGCGCCCAGUGCGCCAUCCUCUGGGAUGGUCGUUUCAACGACAUGACCUCGUCCACCGACCUCGACAAGUGGUCCUGGAGCAACCAGGUCGGCGCCUACCAGUACUACAUCCACGGCUCCGGCAAGACGACCGAGUACGUCAACCUCUCCGAGGACUUCAAGAACCCCGCCGACACGGGCUCCAAGCAGGGUGCCAAGAUCUCCCUGACCAGCACCUCCUUCUGGAACGGCCAGACCAUGCGCCGUACCGAGCUCAUCCCCCAGACCAAGGAGGCCAUCGCCAAGGGCAAGAAGUACUACCACUUCAGCAUCAAGCGCAGCGACACCAACGCUCCUUCCCUCAACAAGGAGCACCAGAUCGCCUUCUUCGAGAGCCACUUCGUCGAGCUCAAGUCCGGCUGGCAGAGCGGCGCCUCCGGCACCGAGGACCCCCUCCUCCGCUGGGUCGUCGGCGGCAAGACCGAGUGGAGCGUCAACUGGGACGCUGACGUCUGGCACAACGUUGCCUACGAGAUCGACUUUGACGGUGGCUCCGUCGGUUUCUGGCACUCUACCGGCUCCGAGGCCCUGAAGCAGGUCGUCGCCCCCGUCACCGCCUCUGCCCAGAGCAACGGUGCCGACUGGCACGUCGGUGUCCUCGAGCUGCCCCGCGACGGCUACCCCGAUGAGACCGAGGACUUCUACUUCUCCGGCGUCUACAUCGAGGACGGCGAGAUCACCACUGCUGUUGGCUCCGGCUCUGGCUCCGGCACCGGCUCCGGCUCUGCCCCUGCCUCCUCCGCUGCCCCUGCCGCCACCUCUGCCCCUGCCGCCGCCGCCUCUUCCUCUGCUCCCGCUGCUGCUGCUCCUACCACCCCCGCCGCUGUCCCUACCUCCAGCGCCGCCCCCGUCUCCUCUGCUGCUCCCGUCCAGUCUGAGGCCCCCGUCGAGUCCGAGGCUCCUGUCGCCACCCCCGUCUCCUCCGCUGCCCCCGUUGUCUCCGAGGAGCCCUCCGCUCCCGCUGCUACCACCACCUCUGCUCCCGUCGCUUCGGCCACCGCCAAGCCCGGAAAGCCCUGCCGUCGCCGCCGCCGCCGCAGCAACCAGCAGCGCAAGUAA